AUGGUUCAGUCAAAACUUACGUUACUGGCACUUGCUAGUACGGCGCUUGCUGGUGUGGUUCGACGAGAAGACCCCGAAGUUGACGACUUAAUCCCGGAGGAUCUCUCCUAUCUCCUGCCACUAGACUGGGUUACCCCAACACUUGAUUACUUCGAGGAAACAGAUCCAUUACCUACGCCCUUUGUACAAGCAUUCUCAGACUAUUUACAAGAGCCACACUCAACUUACCUCUCAACUGGUUUACCUCUUUAUCUUCCACCGCCCACAGAGGAUGCGCUUCCACCAUUCAUUACAUCUUUUCCUGGGGAUGGUGAGUUUGCCCACACUAAAGAUUCACCCAAGCCCACUACAUUUAUUCCAACGAUCCCCCAUCCAGCACCUCUAGGUGCUUCCUAUGCUGGACCGCCGCCUACUUUCAGUGAGCCAUCGAGACCAGAAGAAUCGCAGCUGGCCACCCCACCACCUGCAUUUAAAGCCUCCUCCAGCCAUCCACCUAUCCCGUCCUCGCAAGCCCAGACGCCAUAUGCAUCGCCCUCAAAGCGCCCAUCGACCGGUGGGCAGCCGGCACCUUCUAUCCCAGCUUCUCCAAAACCUAUGGGGCCCUGGGAUGGUCUUGAUCCUGUGAAACCAAGCGGUUACCUGGAAACUCCAUCGUGGAGCUCACACAUACCACCACCAUCCAAAUCUACACCAGGUCCAGAAGGAUCAGAAAAAAAUCACGGCAUUACCCCCUCCGCUUUGUCCGAGGCUUACCUGAGGCCAUCUUUGCCAUUUAACUCUAUCCCAGAUGAGCUCUCUGAGCCUCAUGGCAACUCCCCUGGUAGUUCUCACCAGGCUCCACCACCAUACGAAUCUGAGCAGGAAACACAUUCUCCGCCACCAAAUUUUGCUUCUGGUAGUUCGGCUAGACCCGAUAGUAGCCCCCCUGCUACAUCUGAUCAACUUCCUCCACUACACGGAUCCUACCAGGGGCCUCCGCCAUUUAAUUCUGGCCUCGACGGCCCAUCUGGGGAGAGCAGUCCUCCUGCGGAGUCUCAUAAAACCAAUCCUCAACCUGAAUCGUACCAGGGCCCUUCUCCAACUGUCACCGUCCCUGAGGAGCCAUCUCAGCCGAAAGGUAGCCCACCCGCUGAAACUCACCAAAUUCCACCUCCCCUCACGAAGCCUUAUCAAGAGUCAUUUCCUCCGCCAUUUGUCUCUGCAGCGGGAGAACAACCCAAGCCUGAGAGCAGCUCGACCCAGUCUUAUCAACUUCCUCCACUCUCAUCUCUGCAUUCUUCAUACCCUGGUGAUGUUGAUAUUCCUCCUGAACCUACUAAUUCUCACGAGGAGCCAUCGCCUCACUAUGGUGCCGCUCCCCUUGCAUCCUACACUUGCUCAUCACUCGAUGAAGCUCCCGCAGACGCUCAUUCUCCGCACCCCGGGGAAACCAGUCCGCCGGCCAUUAUCCCUCCAUUUGAGAAUGAUAAGGAACCUCAUGAUCAUGAACUAGCUCCUUCACAUCCAGUUUCAGCGUCUGAGAAACCAAGAGUUACACAUACUAACGUAUAUGUACCUCAUUUCUCGAAGCCGGAACCUGCGGGCACCGAAGCCCCAUCUGUCUCUCAUGCCGCCAUUCCAACAACCGUACCAUCAAAUUGCGCUGAUGUAAAUUCCAAACCGGCCAUUCCUUCACCGACAAGUGGCAAACCUCAACUACAGGGAACCACCGGGGAACAUCACCUUUCUGGGUCUCCAUCACAUAUGCAUCUCGCGGAGGCUUCCGGUGUAGUUGAACAACCACCUGCAACAGAAGCGGCUCCAGAACCUUCCAAAAUGGGCGUGCCAAAUGCUGAUGAGUCGGCUUUUCAUUAUUCAAGUUUUGCCCCAACCUCCGCUGUUCCAAUCACUGCAUUGUUAGAAACUUUCGGUGCUUUGGCGUUUUUCUUUCUAUAG